UAGCAGAGACUACCUGUACGUGGUUUCGUUUCAUUGCUAUUCGCAGCGUGGAUUGAGAGCUUUUUGUGUAUAUUUUUUAAACUUUUUUAUUGCCUUUUUAAACUGUUGAGCUAGGACGAUUACUAAGAAUAGAUAUGCGUUAUUGAAAAAAAUUUUCAAAUUACGCACAAAAUAUCCUCAAUUUGAUAGAAUAACAAUACAACAACAACGGUAAUGACAACAACAGUUAUCUUGGGAAGAUUAUUCGAACCGGUUCUAGCUGAUCCUGUUACUUUGCACAAACCAUCUGUAGCAUCACAUUCGCUGCGUUUGUGCGAUUGAGGGGGAACAAAAUUCUAGAAUCUAACUCGAACUCGAACGAACCCAUCGCAUUUCACUAAGAUUGGUUGGUUGGUUGUUUGGUUGGUUUGCUAUUUCGUCAGUAGGACCUACGGGUGAAGACUAGCACGAUGAUCGCUUGGCGAACAACGAACAACGCAAAAGCUUUUGCGAUUUGUUUGAUCUCCAUCGCCGUAAUCUUUUGUAGCUUUACUGUAACUUCGGCUGCAUCAUUACAUUCUUUAAAAAAGCAAAUCAACGAGACAGCAAUCGAGCACGGUUCAAGCGAGUUGGAACCACUGGAUCAACAAAACGUUGCCACAUACGAUCAACGCCAGAGUGGAAAUUAUAACAUACAUGUUAACAUAAAGGAUGUGAAAAUAGUUUACGGCGAUAGGGGUGAAUUUGAGGGUAGUUUAGACGAUGAUACCGUCUACGAUUAUGGAGAAUACGAUUACGAUCCAUCUCAUCUGACUGUAAGCCCUUUACCCAUUUUUGGAAUCGGGUCCGUGUCGCUGACCUCCAGCAAACCGCCGAAAUCAUCAACAGAAUCACCUAUCUCAACUAUUAAUCAUAUUACAAAACGCACAACAACCAAACCACAGCCUACAACAAUUAAAAAUCCUCCUGCUACAUCCAAUUUAAUUACAUCGACGACGGAAAUCCACGCACCGGAUUUUGACGCAACCACCACGCCGUUUGCUCAAAAACAACCGAUUGAAACGCAUACAUCGAGUAGUACAAUGUCUUCGCAACCUUCCACUUCUACUAGCAGCAUUAAAACAACAGCCAAGCCUGUUAAAGUGCAGCCAGAAAGUCACGACUCUCAGCAUAUACCAGUGCAGGUGAUAGUGGAACCAUAUUUAAAACGUAAAUCUUAAAGUAUUAAACUCAAUUUGUUAGAUCAAUUUGAGCGAUCUGAAAGGAACUCAUUUUACACAACGCUUUACACUUAUAAGUAACUAAAAUGCAUCGGAUAAUCCUUCUAAAUGAUUGUGAAUUGCAUCGCAGUUUUAAUAGUAUCGAUAAUGCAAAAUUCCACAUGACUGAAAUUACUAUUUUAUACUUAAUUGUUUAUAAGCAACGAGCAAUAAACAAAAGGAUCAUUUCCACAUAAA